CACACACACACACACACAGUGAGAUGUACAGCCAGAAUGCAUCAUUUUUUUUCAGCUGUUGAGAAGGCGGAUUUGAGCCUCCAGUAGCCCCCCCUUUAAAAAAAAAAAAAAAAAAAAAAAAAAAGCUGCAGGGCCUCGAAAGCAGCAAUCUCCGCCUUGAUGGUAUCUGGACAGCAGCGCGCUGCUCGGGCGGCUGGCAGCUCUCUGCACGGAUGAUAAAGAACUUGGGAGAAAGGAAAUGGUCAAGAUGGCAGCAGCUGUGUACGGGCUGAUAAAGCCGCUGUGGUGGCAUUAGUAGGUGUAGUAAACAUUUUCCCUUUUUCUUUUUGGGGCAUGCACGUCGCGGGAUCGCGGCGCAGGACGCGGACGCUUGUGAAGGAACGCCGUUUUUUCGCUCCACUCCUUCCUAAUCUUUCGAGUCCACAUUUUUUGAAAAUUGCAAUGCAUGUUAGUUAGGGCAGGGGUGUGGGCUGUGCACGAAAGGAAAGAAAAAAAAAAAAGGCAAUGUUUUGUUAAUGCCCGAUCAGCCCUGUGCGUGCUGCGGAUAGACGCCGUGCAGCAGGGAUAGAUAGACGGACACGUGUUGGUUGGGACUGGGCUGCAGGCUGCUGGACAUUUGCAUACCGUGCAUAGUAAAUAAACUGCCUCUGAAGCCUGCACUCAACAUUGAUGGAAUGCGACCCGAGUGAUUUUCUAACCCUUUGUGCGAGAUACUGCGAUUAACAUGGCUGAGGCGCCGCGCAACGGCGACGAGCCUCCUCCUCCUUUAAACGUUGAGAUAGAUCCGGAUUUCGAGCCCCAGAAGCGGCCACGCUCCUGCACUUGGCCCCUUCCCCGUCCGGAGUCUGGUGCGGGCAAGCCCGGGACAAAUGACACUGACGUAAUCCCCGAAGAGGAGGAUGAUGAGGGCGGAGAUGCUCAGAAAGCCAGCGGUGACAUUACCAAACCCCGAGAGACGAACGGCAGCGGGAGCUCCGUCUCCAAGCCCGUGGAGGUCCAGCGGGGCCCCCGCAAAGAGGAGGCCGGAGACGGCUCGCCUUCUUCGGCGCAGACCCCCCCGCAGACCGCGGCUCUGGGCGGCUCUGCUUCCCAGCAGCUGAGGAAGUCCUCCGCCCGCAGGAACGCCUGGGGCAACUACUCCUACGCGGACCUCAUUACCCAAGCCAUCGAGAGCUCCCCGGAGAAAAGGCUGACCUUGUCCCAGAUCUAUGACUGGAUGGUGAGGUCUGUGCCGUAUUUCAAGGACAAAGGCGACAGCAAUAGCUCUGCUGGCUGGAAGAAUUCCAUCCGACACAAUCUGUCCCUCCAUAGUCGUUUCGUCAAAGUCCAGAAUGAAGGAACAGGGAAAAGCUCCUGGUGGAUGGUCAACCCAGAAGGCGGGAAAGGAGGCAAAGCCCCCCGACGACGGGCUGUAUCGAUGGAUAACAGCAAGUACAUCAAAGGAGCCCGAGGACGUGCCACCAAGAAGAAAGCCUCGCUGCAGGCAGCUCAAGACGUCAGCUCAGAGAGCUCCUCCAGCCUCUCCAAAUGGACGGGAAGUCCCACGUCCCGCAGCAGUGACGAGCUGGACGCUUGGACAGACUUCCGCUCCCGGACCAAUUCCAACGCCAGCACACUCAGCGGUCGUCUGUCCCCAAUCCUGGCCAAUCUGGAGCUGGACGAGGUCCCGGAUGACGACUCGCCCCUCUCCCCGAUGCUGUACUCCAGCCCCAGCAGCAUGUCCCCGUCCACGGGGCCCACGGGUCUCUCUGACCUGGCAGGUACCAUGAACCUCAACGAUGGGCUCUCUGACAACCUGAUGGAUGAUCUUUUAGACAAUAUCAGCCUGACAGCAUCCCAGCAGCCUCCUCCUGGAGAGGAAGACAACGGAGCCAAUGGGCAGGGGACCUCAGUGUUUACUUUCAGCUGCUCAGGAAGCAGUCUGGGUAGCCCCUCUGGCAGCUACGGGCCUAACCCCCUUUUUAGCCCUCCGUCCAUCACGAGCCUGCGGCAGUCGCCCAUGCAGACCAUCCAGGAGAACAAGCAGACCACCUUCUCCUGCAUCUCGCACUUUAGCGACCACCAGACCCUGCAGGACCUGCUCAGCCUGGACUCCCACAGCCACAGCAACGUCAUGCUCACCCAGUCCGACCCGCUGAUGUCGCAGGCCAGCACCGCCAUCGCCAUGCAGAACUCCCGCCGAAACGCCAUGCUGCUCCGCAAAGACCACAUGUUGGUGAACCACACCAGCGCGGGUCAGGCCCAAAGCUCUUCAGUGCCUGGUUGGCAAGCUGGCUUGUCAACCUCUGACAACGACGCCGGCCACAACGACGCCAAGCAGCCGCACCUGAAGUCUCCCAGCAAGAACGCCUCUAUGCAGCUCGGCCCCGGUUUGCCCGGCCAGGACCGCUUUCCCGCCGAUCUGGACCUCGACGUCUUCAACGGCAGCCUCGAGUGCGACAUGGACUCCAUCAUCUGCAAUGAACUGAUGGAGGCCGACUGUCUGGACUUGAGCUUCGACUCUCGCCUCAUCUCCGCCCAGAACAGCAACAGGAAUUCAGGAAGCUUCUCCAGCUCGAAAAAGACCUCCCCUCACAGCUGGGUCCCGAGCUGAGGAGCUCUGUCCGAGUUCAGCAUGGCUAAAAAAAACAAAAACAGAAGAAGAAGUGUGGGGGGGGGUGAUGUAAAUUGGGGUUCAUUGUCCUGCAUUGUGCAACUAGAGGGAAGAAAGUAUGUAAAGGUGUAUUCAUGUAGUAUUUCUUUUCAUCCUUUUUAACGUGAGGCAUUAGGUUUGGUACUGUAUCCUAAAAGUGUCUGAGACACACAAUGGUGUCUUCACAGAGGAGGGAAGAAAUGUCUUUAAAAAGAUCAAUGCCUGGGCGGUGUGAACAACAGUAUUGACUGGAAUGGAAGUACAGGACGUUUAAAACUCUACGAAAAAGCAUCAACUCGUUGUUAGUCUCAGGGAAUCACUCGUACGGUAUCACAAAGUGAUACUGAGGAUGAAUUAUGUUUUCACCCUGCUUUCUCUCUCCUCUCUCACACCCUUUCAUACCUAAACCAACAAUUUUUGCCAAACCAGCUGUCGGCCUCGUUGUGAGUGACAGCCUGUUUACAGACGAAGCUGCAGAGAAUUACAUUAUUACGUUCCAGUGGAGGAUACUUGACAAGCAUUUUUUUUUUUAAAGUUUCUUUUGAGAGACGUAGCCUAAACGGACUAAAAAAGAUUUAAGUGUUAAUGAAAAGCUUUUUUUUUUGUUUUUGUUUUAUUUCCAUCGAUGCACAGAGUCACGCACCAAAUAUCAAUCUGUAGAGGUUAAUAUGUUAUCAAGAUGUGAACUGAUCUACAUUGUGUGGUUUUAUUGUAUGUAAUAUUUUAUUUUUUAUUUUAGCGAAUUUUACCCUGUGGUUUUAGUGACAUUACUGUGAAUUCUGAUCCUUCUGAAGAGGUGCAUUACUGAAGUCUUCAUAACACGUUGUGUCUGCUGCAGACCCCCGCCCCCCUCUCCUUUCACCAACCCUUCUACCUACUGCAAUAUUUGGAAGUACUGCUCAAGCUUAGGAGUUUUAGGACAAGCGUCAUGAUUUUUAGCUCCAUUUCUGCUCGGAUUCAAAUAAGCCACCCUUAGAGACGCCGUGGCGCUCGACUCAUUUUGCCGUUUGUUCAUUUGAAGGAGUUCUUUGGUGCUACAAAUGAGAAGAUAGCGAGGAGUGGCUGCAGAUGGACAUGAGUUAGAAACCUCCCCCUUUUUUUUUUAUCAGCACUAUAGCAGGUGCUGGUGCAAAGUGUUUCCAACCCUGUGAGGAGGAGGAGGAGGAGGAGGAGGAGGUCAUGUAGUAUCUUAGAGCCAUUUUUGCCAUUUGAGAAGGAAAACGACCACAGUAUUUUAAAUAUUGCCAAAAUAUUUCCGCAUUUAAAUAAGUGGAAAUAAGAGGAUAUACAGUGUAUAAAUAUCAGGAACCAGUGUAUAAGGGCAAAAAAAUAAAAUAAAAAAAAAUACAUCGACAUCAGCACAGUUUUUUGUAGGAACAGCAGGAUGAACCUUUUUUUUGUUUUGUUUACAUUUUUAUCAGCUGGAAAAUUUUGAACUUUUAUUUAUUUCUUAUUCCAUGUGUACGUAUUGUAUGCUUUUCCAUAUGAGAGCUAUGUGAAGGCACUUCUGUUUGAGUCUGUUGAACAUUCAGACCGCCUCGAUUUGGGUUUUAAUCAGGAAACGAACGUCCUUCGAUGGAGUUAUUGAUAAUGAAUCUUAACUGACAUUAAUUUUUUUUUUUUAUCUCACAAAGAUAAAUUCUGCACAGCCGUGCUUCCAGAUAUCAUUUUUUAUUUUCUUUUUUGUAGCUUCACGAGGAUGAUUUCAUCUUAAGAAUACGAGAUACUGACUUGAAGCUUCGUUUUUUGUUCGUUUCCAUGAAUUUUGAGUAACACUCACUGCCAAUAUUCAUACAACAUUUCUUCCUAUUGCUCCUACAAAAGAAAAAAAAAAGACAUCAAGUUGACGUUGCCAGUUGUAAUUCCAAUUCCUAUCUUGGUUGUAUCAGAGAUGGUGCAUGUAAAUAAAGCUUAAAGAA